AUGCGCAGCAACGAUCCAGGCUUCUGGUUGGCAAAUAGCUUGCAGCCAGGUGUCGUCAAGAAGAUCAAUUCGUCAGCCAUGGCUUUUAAGCAGAUGGAAAAUAUUGCUUUUUUCUUGGCUUUUGCCGAAAAUCACGUCGCGAAGUCGGAACUGUUCCAGACAGUUGACUUAUAUGAAGCGCAAGACCCGAAUGCAGUUCUGAUAUGUUUAUCUUCCCUCGCGCGAAAAAGCGAAAAGUUGUUCGGGAAAGCUGGUCUUGGGCCGAAGGAAGCAGAAGGAGAGAAGAGAUCAUGGACAGAAGAACAAUUGAAGGCCGGACAAAAUGUUAUUGGCCUGCAAAUGGGUAGCAACAAAGGAGCGACUGCUAGUGGCAUCAAUUUUGGUAACACUCGACACAUGUGA